AUGUCGAAAGCAGCAGAAUCACUCCAGCAGCUCCAGAAAGAUGCAGUCAAAUCCAUCGCAAGUGUAAGCACUAUGCUGCGUGAUGCGAUCGCGGCUGCUCUUCCAGUUGCGCCCGAACAAUACCUAACUGUUGCGAUCCCCGGUACGGUCAUUGAUUUGGCGUCGUAUGAAAAGGGUGGCUCCUUUGUGUACGAUGUUGCUAAACAUGCAACUAUACCAACGACAGUCAGACAGGCCGAGGCCCGUCUGGUAGAUGGCAUGAUGCCUGUUGCAACAAUCAUGAUUGGAAACACCGGCAGAAGCGUCGCUCGGAGCUAUUCGAGCACCCUUGAUACACUGGUACCCGCCAAGGCUACUAUUUCUAGCAAUGAUGGUGUCCAGAGUAGUGGAGACCCCAAUUACGAUAACGCCAUGACUUAUCUCAAGACGACUGUACCAGGAACCGGCAAAAGUGCAGUGGAGCUCUACUGUGAGAAGCAGAUCUUGUGGGCCAAGGCACGUUCUACCUGGGACACAGCUAAGAUCGAGACAAUCACGCGAGCCGAGAAGCUGUAUCCUGUUGAGUCGGAUCCAGAUAACCUCACCAAACAGAAGGAGUACAUCGCAAAUUGGGGGCAGGAGAACUACUUCACCUUCAAGGCCAGCGUACAGGCUGCUUGGAUGGAUUGGGUAGUCACCGGAGAGAAGCAUAACGUAGAUUAUUUCUUCGGCAUGGUUGAUGUUGGCUCAAUCAUGAGCCGGAUCGAGUCAAGCAAAGAGUCGUUGCGAAACUCUACUAUUCCGGACGCCGAUGGGUCGAGUGAGGUCUAUGGUGUCAGCCUGACACCCAGUCGAUGGGCGACCUACUGCCAACGCAAGGCGGAAGGCUGGUAUAGGAAGAAUGGAACCUAUACACUUGCACAGCUUGAUAGCGAGAUUGCUCGGCUGGAGAGUCUCAAGGACUCUUACAAAUCAGCCCAAGAUUUACUCGGGGAUGGGACAGGGAAACCGGUUUAUCCGGUGGCAAAUGCAGUCGCGCCUACGACGAACCGUGAAGACAGCAAAAAAGCCAUCAAUGACAACCUCGCCUUGUUAUACAAGGCACAAGCGUCGCUCUCAGGCGCUCAAUACAACUUAGAGCAGAAACCGGACGACGAUGGCCUCAAAAAGGCUGUUACGGAAGCUCAAGCAGCUGUUAGCAAAGCGCAGGGAGAUCUCAGAACAGCUGAAGCCACAUACCAGAGCGUUCUAGGGGCUUGGAACGAGUACAACAGGAUGGUUCUCACAGGGGCUGCUUUGACCGAUGCGAAGAAUGGUCUCGGCAGCAGAAUGAGCAAGAUUGAUGGGGAACUUACUAAACUGAACGCACUGCGCGUGUCUAAAUUGAAGGACAACCCGGCGGAUAUUCCUGUGAUAUCAGGCGUCUCUGCACCAGCACCAGAUUCUGCAGGCACCCCAGAUGCUGCUCCGGGGGGAACAGACCUAGCCGCUCCGGGUUCAGAUCUUGCAAACCCAAUCUUCAACGACACCCGAGGUGGGAGUGGAGGUGGAAGUGGCCAGCAGAAAACGACCAGUGCGGAAGAUGCUGAUCCGUGGACCACCAUCACUUUCUCGUACUCUGCAUCUGAUGUCAGCAACCACAGCAAGGAAAGCGAAUGGGGCAUGUCAGUUGGUGGCUCGGUGGGCUUUGGACUCUGGUCUGUGGGUGGUUCUUAUUCGCAUGAUGAGUCUCACAAGGAGAUGCAGAGCGACAUGGCUGCUUGCGAUGUAAGCGUCUCCUUCUCCGCCCUCGUAGUCAACAUCAACCGACCUUGGCUAUACGGUGAGCUCUUCAGCGACGUAGAUCUCGAUGUCGCCAACAAUGUUAAGCUGAGCCCUGGUCCUCUGGCUUUACAUCAGAUGAUUAAGGACCAGUCCGCCGGUGAUAUUGAUGCUUGGAGCGAGUUUCCUGCGUACCCGACAUCCUUCAUUGUCGCUGCCGAUACCACGAUCGAGUUCCGUGGCAGUACGAAGCACAUUGAGCAGCAUUUUGACUCGCAUAGCAACUCUGGUGGCGCGUCUGUAGGCUAUGGGCCCUUUUCCGUUUCAAGCAGCUUUCAUGAAUCGGCGAGCGAAUCAAGCAUGCAGGUUCAGACUACAGCUACCGGAUGCAAACUCAGCUUCGGGGCUCCGCAGAUUAUUGCCUGGGUCAGCCAGAUCCUACCACCUCUACCGCGUGAGAAGGGAUUCAAUCCACUCUCACAAGGCGCUGGUUUGCCCGUGUGCCCCGGGUACACCACCGAUAUAUACAAACUAAACUCAACUCCUGCUCCUGCUCCUGUUCCUGCUGUUAUUCCCCAGCGGUCUGCAAGAACAUUCCUCGAGAAUUCAGCACAACUCGGCAGUGUUCCUGUACCUUUGGAAUUCAAAUUCAAUCCCUCCAAAAACGGGAACGGUGUCCAGUAUUCACCUGUACCCAAUGGAACUAAUGGAUACGGCUACGGUCCUCUCACGCCCCCACCCAAUGGUGUUCCUGUUGUUUCCGAACCUGCGGCCUAGAUUUUGUUAGGCCCUGUUAGCAGAAUCGCUGCUAACACCUGGGAAGAUGCGCGCCACAAACUAGUGUGUUACUUCGCAUGUGGCUAGCGCUAUCGAAGCUUUUCUGGCUGAAGAUGGUCACUUUUUAUUGCAAUAUUGUUCUCAAGUGAGUUGUGGGUAUCAAAGAUCGUGAUAUGAUUCCCCUCGGUCCUGUCUUUCAAUAUAAAGAUAGAAUAAUGUGAUUGUCUCUUCUUUAACACGGGCUGAAAGAUACUUACAUAUUUACAUCACAUUGGACAUUUUGUCGGUU